AUGGUCGGAAGGCGGAGCAUUGGAAAAACUUUAGACAGCCCGUCGAGACAACUCGUUUAUGACCUCGCCAAAGACCUCGAAGCUAUACGAUUACAUCAUGAAGAUUUGAAACGAGUCUACAGUUAUCAAGCGCAAGCUCAAGAGGAAGAGGAGGAUGAGAUUGAUCGUGCACACCAAGAAUUUUAUUAUGCGGCCAUAGAAAAAACAUACGACUACUACGACGGACAUCGCCGCGAAGCAGAGAUCGUACUCCAAGAGCAUCUACGGGAAGAGGAAGAGAAAGAAAGGAGGAGGCAAGAAGAAGAAGAACGCCGCCGUCAGGCAGAAAAGGAACGGCUAGAGCGCGAGCGCAAGGAACGAGAGGAAGCGGCACGGAAACGAGAAGAAGAGGCUCGUCGAGAAGCCGAGAGAAUCGCCCGCGAAGAAGAGGAGCGUCGCAAAAAGGCCGAAGCUGAAGCCAAAGCCAUAAAAGCCGCUGAAGAAGAAAAGACUCGCCGCCAAAAAGAAGAGGCGGAAGAAAAAGAGCGACAGCGACAAGCUGAGCUUCAGAGAGCAGAAGAGGAAGAAAAGAAACGACGGACGCUUGGUGGUGCUCAAGGCGUGACACAAGAGGAAUUGGAGGAGCAGGAAAAAUACCUUGAGUUACACAAGUAUCUAAAAGAAUUGCGCAAGUUCGUCGUAGCCGAAGGGAAGAAGAACCCAACCUUGAAAAGCACCAUUGGGGAUUACCGUCGAGGCAUUACCAAAUGUAUCGGACAGUUGAGAGAAGGUCAAGGGACAGCUGCCAACAAGGGUCAGGUGAACGAGAUUCGAGAGAUCCUUCGAAAAUCUCAAGAGAUACCCAUUCCAUGUGAUGCCCGUCGAUUUUUUGUGAACGCGCCUGAAAUUGCGAGCCUGCCGGAAGACAAGGCUCAGGUAUCAGCUGUUUUCGUGUAUCUACUCAACAUAUUUGUCAAGGCAGUCGUCUUACAACUUAUCAACGAAGCGGGAAUCAAGCUUGAAUACGCGGAGCCGCUUGGAGUUGUAGUUGCUCAGAUCUUCUCGGCUGAGCAAUUCUGUUUUCAAGGACAUGCUUUUUCCGAUGUGUUUUGGGCCAAAUAUCGAGCGUCAUGUCCGGCUCUGUGGGGUUUCUAUGGAGACGAGAAGACAGUCGCCGGCAAGCAAGCAUUGGGUUGGAAGAGAAUAGAACCCGGAGGGCCAUUCCUAUCAGAUACAGAUCACCGCCAACGAAUGGUGGGAUUAGGAGGAGGCUUUGCAGCAGUGACCUUGCGGAACUUUGGCAAGACCAGUCGCAAGAACCCCUUUCCCAACUAUAUCUUUUGGAAAACUGUAUCGAGAAUGGUAUCGAUCCCACCGAACGAGCUCCAGGAAACGCAUUUCUACCUAUUGUAUGCGAUGCUGAGGUUCUCCGCGGAGCGGGUCAUUGGAUUCUGGGGCCAUGCAGGACUGGCGUUACUACGGAGUGCUAUUGUGAACCUCCCAAACAUCGCUACGAACAAGCAAGCCGGGGCCAUUGGACAGCUAAAGGUGCUGAAAGGCUUGUAUGCCACUGAAAAGAGCAUUAUUAUUUGA